GAAAUGUUCAGUGGAGUGCUGCCUUGUGUGCUGUUCACGCGCCGGGAUAAUUUCCCCCGAAAUUUAUAUCACCUGAUCGUUGAUUCUGGAAAGGAAAUUUAAGGAGGGAGAAUCAUACCAGAGCGAUUAAAUGAGAUGUACUAAAGUGUGUCGAGCUAGAUAAAGGUCUAUAAUUGACCUUCAUCCACAACAGCCAGGCACAGUAUAUGAACAGAAUGUUUAUAAAGCCCAUGGACCUCCCCGGCGAGUGCUCUGCGCCAGGACAAUGCAAGCCGAGUUUAAUAUCGGCAGCCGCGGUUAAGUUGGGAUUUUAGCUCCUGGGCUUUCCCUGACACUGCCUGCGAAUACCAAGGAAUCCUCUUCGAAGGCGCCUCACCACGAAUCCCGCCGCCUGAGCAUCCCUCCUCCCGGCCAUGAGCGUCGACGCCAAGCUUCCCCCCGCGGCCAUGGCCUCCUGUCUCCCCGACGACCGCCGCCACAGCUACACCGACUUCGAGAUCGAGAACAACCAGCGCGUGGCGCGGCCGCAAGUCAUCUCUCAGAACGGCCUCGCCUCGCUUCCUCCGGACCCGGACAUCCCCAAGGGCGUAAACCUGCGGCGCGCCAAGUCUCUGCGCGACAGCCGGAAGGAGGUCCGCCCGAAGCGGUACUCGGUCAACUUCGACCUUCCCGUCCGCGGCCGCAGCUACGACGCCGACAUCGACAUCUCGGCGCUGAGCGGGCCGCAGGCGCCGCCGAAGCCCCCGCGCGCCAAUAUCCCGGAGGAAGACGAGGACGAGGACGAGGCGCGGGAGCCCAGGGGGAGGCACAGCAGCGCCUUCAACAGUGUCGCUCUCAGGAAGAGCCUCGCCGACGGCCUCGAAAAGGUGCGGCGUCUAAGCGGCAUUGAGAGCGACCCCUCGAGGGCGAGCGAAAGGAGGACCUCGAGGGAGAACGGCGCCUACGUCAAGUACCGCAACGAGGACGGCGACUGGCAGCAGCACAAGGUGCGCCGCGUUUCGCAGUUCGAGGCCUGCGACUACACCUUCAAGGUGAUGCUGAUCGGUGACUCAUGCGUGGGGAAGACCUGCAUUCUCACCAGGUUCAAAGACGGAACGUUUCUGUCCGGGUCUUUCAUCUCCACCAUCGGCAUUGACUUCAGGAAUAAAGUGGUGACCGUGGACGGGUCAAAGGUCAAGCUGCAGAUCUGGGACACGGCAGGCCAGGAGAGGUUCAGGAGCGUGACCCACGCCUACUACAGGGACGCCCACGCUCUCCUUCUCCUGUAUGACGUGAUGAGCAAGACCAGCUUCGACAACACGAGGGCGUGGCUGGGGGAGGUGCACGAGUACGCCCAGGACGAUGUGGUCAUUAUGCUAAUUGGCAACAAGUGCGACGUGAACGGCGAGCGCGUGGUCCGGCGCGAGGACGGCGAGCGCCUGGCCCGCGAGUACAACGUGGCCUUCACGGAGACGUCGGCCAAGACCGGCCUCAACGUCGACCUCGCCUUCAUGGCCGUCGCGAGAGAGCUGAAGGCGCGGAAGUCGACCAACUCCAACGAGCGCAAAUUCAACGUCGCCGACUACGUGCGCCAGGAGGCCAAGAGCGACGGGUGCGUGUGCAACGUUGGCUAAGGACAAAAAUACGAAGACGCAACGUUACCCAGCAAACGUUUUUUUUUUUUUUUUUUAUUCAGAGAUGAGGCUUUGUCCUUGAAUUUAGCGGUCCAGCAGGGCGCGAGUCUGUUACGUGUCUGUCAGUGUUUGUGGCGGUGCAGAUAGAGACCCAAAGACAGGAAUGAAUCUCAUGGAAUGAGAUUUGUGUCUGUCUUUAAAGAGAACGAUGUCUGUUUCUGUGUCGAAGGACGGAAAAAUGGCUUGUAUGGAAGGCUUGGUUCAGUGUCUUGUAUUUAGAAGGAUCUGCUUAUCGGACAGCCAGACCGUACUUGUAUAUUUGGCUGAGAGAGCAUUUUGUGUCUUUGGAGGCGUCUGGGGCUAAGUAUUCAGUCUUUGUCGGAGCUCUGGCAGUCGAUUCGAAGUAUUAUAAUAAUACAAUGUUUUGGUAUGGAUUUUAGAAAUCAGGGGAGCGAGUUUUAACGUAAAGCCAUAGUGUAAGAAAUAAGGAUACCAAAUAUAGGAAAUACAGCAACAAUGCCACCGAUCUACAGUGGUCCCGGAAAUAUACGUAAUUUUACGCGCAACAACUGAUUCAAGUUACUCGGGGGAAAUUUCACGAAGAAAAUAAGGAAUAAGUAAAACGUGCAGGUAGGGCUGCUGUUGUCGAUGCCCAGUUUCCCUUAUUUCACGAAACCGGUGGUCGCGAGAACCUUAAAGGAUGGACGCGUAUUAGAGACCGGACAGCGUUGAGACAUCCGGAUUAACGGCGUGUCAGGCGAUGUAGCAAAGAUUCUCAAUUCAGACGAAAACGUUUCCUGAAGAUUUGCCGUUUUUAUUGUCAAAUCUUGCUCCUUUCGCGGAAGAUAAUAUAGAAAAGAAUUGUACAAGAAACACGGAAGCCCGAGUUAUUCACCGAAUGCAGAUACAGAUACGUCCAUUUUAUAACACGUGUAUUUAUUACGACAAGAUUCUUCGCUUGCAGGCAAAUGAAUGUAUGUAUAAAUAACCACAUAUUUAUUUGAACGAAAUACUUGCUUGCAAAAGAGUCGUAGCCAAAGGUAUAAAUAUAAACACAAACAGAAAACCGGGUAUUCCUACAUCCCAGGACAAUAAAGAUGAUAUAAUCACAUAUUAAAACUUGUCAUUAAGUUAUCGGUAGAGUAUGGUAUGUAAGAGUGAUAUUACUUGCUAUGAAAAUAUACUGACUUUCAGUGUUAACGGUUUACAUAAUCAUUACAGUUGAUCUAGGUUCAGACUAAACAAAAGCACAGUAGCGUUUUGCUGUAAUAUCUCGAUAUUUUUGUAUGUGUAUAAUUGAUUGUUUUCAUCUGUUUUUUGCAGAUAUAUGAUUUGUACUUGUAAAGUUUGAAACAAAUAUAUUAUAAUUUCUUUUCU